GGGAGUCCUUGAGGCUUUUGGGGGAGUUUUGGGGGUCCUUGAGGCUUUUGUGGGGUUUUUAAAGGGCCCUUGAGGAUUUUGGGGAGGUUCUGGGGGCUCCUUGAGGAUUUUUGGGGGGGAUUUUGAGGGAUUUUUGGCAAUCCCCAAGCCUUUGGGGGGGUCCUGAAGUUUUUUUGGGGCAUCCUGGGGGGGUUCUUUGAGGAUUUUUGGGGGACCCCUGAGACUUUGAGAGGGGGUCCCCGAGAUUUUUGGGGUCUGAGAAGGAUCUCAGGAUUUUUGGGGUGAUCCUCAACCUUUUGGGGUUGGUCCCCGAAUAUUUCUGGGGGUCCUGGAGUUUUUUUUUUAGGAUCUCCUGAGAUUUUGGGGAGGUCUGGGAAGGGUUCUGGAGUUUUUGGGAUGGAUCCUUGAGAUUUUGGGGUCCCCAGGGAUUGGAGGAUUCCCAAAAAUCAGGAAUUCCCAGGAAAUGAAUUUGCCAAAAAUUUGGAAUCUCAAAAAAUUUGGGAUCCCCAGGGAUAGACUGAAUUUUUCCAGGAUUGGGAGGGGUCCCCAAAAAUCGGGAAUUUCCAGGAAUUGCGGAGGAGAUCCCCAAAAAUUGGGAAUUCCCAAGGAUCUGGGGUUUUCCAGGACUCCAUAGGGGUUUCUCAGGGAUUGGGAAACUCCCCAAAAAUUUGGUAUUUUUCAGGGAUUGAGGGGAUUUUUGGGGAUUUCUUGGGAAUCAGAGGGGUCCCCAAAAAUUUGGGUUCUUUGGGAAUUGGGGGAGGUUCCCAAAAAUCAGUGAGGAUUUCUCUGGGAUCAGGGAAUCCAGGGGGGUUCCCAAAAAUCUGGGAUGGUUCUCCAGGGAUUUGGGGGGUCCCCAAAAUUGGGGGUCCCCGGGUUCUGACCCCACACUCCCCCCCAGCUCCAGCCCCGCUGUCCCUGGCACCUGGCACAGGGAUCCCCGUGGGAAGUGGCGAUGUCAGACAAAGGUGGCAGCAUGGACGGCAGGACGGACAUCGUCAACGGCAGCCUGUCCAGCAGCCCCGAGGACAUGUCUGCCGAGGAGGGCCGCGAGACGUCCUCGGGGAUCGAGGUGGAGGCGUCCGACCUGAGCCUGAGCCUGACGGGCGACGACGCCGGGGCCGCGCGCAGCCGCGCCAGCGACAGCGACAGCUCCGGCGACAAGGACAGCGACAGCCUGGACGACACCGGCCACUACUCCAUCCCCGAGGAGCCGCGGCAGGACGAGGACGAAGACGAGGAUGAGGACGAGGAGGAGGAACCGCGGGCCCGGCGCAGGGGGCCCCGCAAGCGGCCGCCUCACGAGCGCGACUCGUCGGACGAGGAGCAGGCGCUGGAGGACUGGGUGGCCUCAGAGACGUGGGCGCUGCCUCGGCCGCGUUGGAGAGCGAUCCCGGCGCUGCGGCAGCGCCAGUUGGGCGGCUGCUCCCGUUUCGUGGCUCAGGCCUGCGGGGCCCGGCUGUUCGUGCAGAAAUUCCGGCUGCAGCACGGCCUGGAAGGGCACACGGGCUGCGUGAACACGCUGCAUUUCAACCAGCGCGGAACCCGCCUGGCCAGCGGCAGCGACGACCUCAAGGUGCUGGUGUGGGACUGGCUGAGGCGCCGGCCCGUGCUGCAGUUCGACAGCGGGCACAAGAGCAACGUCUUCCAGGCCAAAUUCCUUCCCAACAGCGGCGACUCCACGCUGGCCAUGUGUGCCCGGGAUGGGCAGGUGCGCGUGGCCGAGCUCUCAGCCACUCAGUGCUGCCGCAGCACCAAGCGCGUGGCCCAGCACAAGGGAGCCUCCCACAAGCUGGCGCUGGAGCCGGACUCGCCCUGCACGUUCCUGUCUGCAGGAGAGGACGCCGUGGUCUUCACCAUCGACCUGCGGCAGGACCGGCCCGCCUCGAAAUUGGUGGUGACGAAGGAGAAGGAGAAGAAGGUCGGGCUCUACACCAUCUUCGUCAACCCUGCCAACACCUCCCAGUUCGCCGUGGGCGGCCGCGACCAGUUCGUGAGGAUUUACGACCAGAGGAAAAUCGAUGAGAACGAGAACAACGGAGUCCUGAAGAAGUUCUGCCCCCACCACCUGGUGAACAGCGAGUCCAAAGCCAACAUCACCUGCCUGGUCUACAGCCACGACGGCUCAGAGCUGCUGGCCUCCUACAACGACGAGGACAUUUACCUGUUCGACUCGGCGCACAGCGACGGCGCGCAGUACAGCCGGCGCUACAAGGGGCACCGCAACAACGCCACAGUGAAAGGUGUGAAUUUCUACGGCCCCAAGAGCGAGUUCGUGGUGAGCGGCAGCGACUGCGGCCACAUUUUCCUCUGGGAAAAAUCCUCCUGCCAGAUCGUGCAGUUCAUGGAAGGCGACAAAGGCGGAGUGGUGAACUGCCUGGAGCCGCACCCUCACCUGCCGGUGCUGGCCACCAGCGGGCUGGACCACGACGUCAAGAUCUGGGCACCCACAGCCGAGGCUCCCACCGAGCUCCGGGGCCUCAAGGAGGUGAUCAAGAAGAACAAGGUGGAGCGGGACGAGGACAGCCUGCACCACACGGACAUGUUCGACAGCCACAUGCUCUGGUUCCUCAUGCACCACCUGCGCCAGCGCCGCCACCACCGGCGCCGCCGGGAGCCGGGGGCCGAUUCCCCCUCGGACGAUUCCGGGAGCUCCUCGGACACUUCGGACGAUGAGGAGGAGGGGCCGGACCGGGUGCAGUGCAUGCCCUCGUGAGCCCCAAAAAACCCCCCCAAAACCCCCCCAAACCCCCCAAAACCCCCCAAAAUCCCCCCAAAAACCCCAACCUGGGGGGGCCCCACCCCACUAACACUUGGAGCUUUCUAUUGCCCUCGUUCAGCCCCCCCAGAUUCCCAGUUUUCCCCUUUUUUUGGGGGUCCCCUUCCCCUUUUUUCCCUUAUUUUCCCAUUUUUUCCUCUUUUUUGGGGUUCUCUUCCCCUUUUUCCCCCUUUUUCCCUUUUUUUCCCCAUUUUUUUCCCCUUCUUUUCCCCUUUUUUUCCUUUUUUCCCCCUUUUUCUCCCUCUUUCUCCCUUUUUCCCCCUUCUUUCCCCCUUUUUUCCUCUUUUUUUCCUCUUUUUUCCUCUUUUUUUCCCCUUUUUUCCCCUUUUUUCCCUUUUCCCCCCUUUUUUCCCUUUUUCCAGUUUUUUCCCCCUUUUUUUCCCCUUUUUUCCCCCUUUUUCCCCUUUUUUCCCCCUUUUUCCCCUUUUUUCCCCUUUUUCCCCCUUUUUUUCCCCUUUUUUCCCCUUUUUUUGCCCCUUCUUUUUCCCCCUUUUUUUUCCCCCUUUUUCCCCUUUUUCCCCCAUUUUUUCCCCUUUUCUUGGGGGUCCCCCCUCAAUUUGGGGGUGCCCAGGGGGGAUUUUUUCAUUUUUUUGGGAUCCCUCCCCCACCCCUUCAGCUCUUCAAGCUCCCCCUUUCUUGGGGAGAGGAAUCCCACCCUUUUUCCUCAUUUUUCUCACAUUUUUCCCCCUCUUUCCUUCAUUUUUCCCACUUUUUUCCCCCCAUUUUCCCUUUUUUUCCCCUUUUCUUCUCAAUUCCCUGAUUUCCCCCUUUUUUCUUUAUUCCCCAUUUUCCCUCCCCCUUUUCCCCCCAAUUUUUCCCAUCUUCCCCAUUUUUUUUCUCUUUUCCCCCCAUUUCCCCCUUUUUUUUCCCCCUAUUAUUUCCCCCCUAUUUUUCCCUAUUCCCCAUUCCUUUCCCCCCAUUUUUUUCCGCAUUUUUCCCCAUUUUUCCCCAUUUUUCCCCAUUUUCCCAGGGUGGGAUCUCCCUCCCUCUGUACAUAGCCGUGAUUUGCACUUGGUUUGGCCCCUUUCACCCCCCAAAAACCCCAAAAACCCCCUAAAAAAAAAAACAAAAACCCUUUUAUUUCCCAUUUCUUUUCUCGGGGGAGGGGUUCAGGGGGGUUUUUUUUGGGGGGAAAAACCCCAAAAUUUCCCUGUUUAGAGGCCUAAUUUUAUAUUGUAUUAAAAAAAAAACCAAAUGGGCCCGGGAGUUCUCCCUGGCAGAGCUGUAAAAGUUGGGAUAUAUAUUAUAUAUAAAUGCAAUAAAAACCGACUCAACGAG